AGAGGGAGCGACGAUACCAAGCUAGGAGUUAACUAACGGCAUACAAAUGAAAGCGUGACGGUGAGUACGUUGCAGUACAUACGUUGCGUUUCAACAGCGCAAGAAGAAUAAUGUCGUUGGAAGGACAAACAAAAAUGGAAGCGAACUAUCAAGCGACGCCAAGUCCAGCACGAACUUUGACAGGAAUGAACAAUGAGACUGAAGAUCCGUAUCCAAGUUUAUCCGAUUAUCAUGAUUAUGAACCAAAUUUGGAGUUUGAUGACACAGAACUACAGGCAUCUUCAAAUAAUGCUGUACAGCUUUUAGAAGCAAAGCUAGAUUUGAUUAACAGUGGUGCAGUAGUGACAGGCAUAGAUUAUUUGGAGAGUCCAGUAAGCGAUGGAACGAUUGAAGAGAAUUUUGAAGAAGCUCUAGUAGAUGCUCCAGUUAUAGAAUCUGCUGAUGACCUAGCAGCACUAGAAGGAGAACUAGCCGAUGAAGAAGAUUACCUUGAUAUAUCGAGGCAUGGUAUUGUAGAAGUUGUAGGAGAUGACAGUGCUGGUCGUAAAAUAAUAGUAGUAUCAGCCUGUAAAUUGCCUCCUAUUGGAAAAGAAGCUUUUAACCAUGCCAAACUCCUCAGGUAUUUGAUGCAUACAUUAGACAAAUUUGUAGAACAGGAUUAUAGUCUUGUUUAUUUCCAUUAUGGCCUAACUUCAAAAAAUAAGCCACCACUCUCUUGGUUAUGGCAGGCAUAUAAAGCCUUUGAUAGGAAAUAUAAAAAGAAUCUCAAAGCACUUUACUUAGUCCAUCCAACCAAUUUUAUUAGAAUUGUCUGGCAGAUCUUUAAACCAGCUAUUAGUGCAAAGUUUGGUCGUAAAAUGAUGUAUGUUAAUUAUUUAGAAGAACUAGCACAAUAUAUUAAUCUCGAUCAACUCAUUAUACCUUCACAAGUACUACAGCACAAUGAACAACUUAUAAGCAAAAAUAAAAAAAGUUUACCAACUAGUCCACCUCAAAGUACAGUAGCUACACCAGUUGGUACAACACAAUUUGGUGCAAGUUUAAGUUUUAUUAAAGAAAAUAAUAAUGGUGAUCCAAUACCACCUAUAAUAAAACAAUGUAUUGAGUUUCUAAAUUGUCCAGAUGCUCUAGAAACAGAGGGAAUAUUCAGAAGAUCUGCUAAUGUAGGAAUAAUUAGAAAAUUACAACAUGACUGUAAUCAAGGUUUGCAAGCAGACUUUAAAGGAGAUCCUCAUAUAGCAGCAGUUCUUCUAAAAACAUUUCUUCAUGAAUUAGAUGAACCCCUUAUGACAUAUGAAUUAUAUGAUGAAAUAACACAAUUUCAAACAUUAUCAAAAGAUGAAAGACCACGUAGAGUAAAAAUAUUAGUCCUCGAAAAACUUCCUGAAGACAAUUAUCAUCUUUUAAAAUAUAUAGUACAAUUUUUAUCAAAGGUAAUAGACAGAAGUGAUUUAAAUAAAAUGACAUCAAGUAAUCUAGCAGUGGUAUUUGGCCCAAAUCUCGUUAGAGCACCUCUGUCACGUGGAAUGUCUCUUUCUGCGAUAGGACCUAUUAAUCAGUUUAUAGACUUUCUAUUUACAUUUCAAGAUAAGAUAUUCAUCAUUUAAUUUGAAACAAUGGGUGAUAGCCAAAGGUCUGAUAUCCAAACCAAAUUAAUAAUGAUUGUGUAAAUCUGCGCAUGUAUGUGAACUGCGUGCUUGUACAUGCGUGUUUUUAGUGAGAUUUAAGUAUGGCUGUUCAAUUUAAUAUUAUAAAGCAAGAUAUUUAAAAUACUUUGUACCACAAUUCCAUGAAGAUUUUUUAGAAAUGUUAGCACAACAAAUAACACUUUAUAUAUAUAACUGAAUUACUUUAAUAUUAUAUUAAAGCAUAUUAAAAGCAUUAAUCUAGCGAUACUAAAACAAUAAUAUUAUAUCUAUUGCUGCAUUGAUAAUUAACUUUUCACUAAUUUUUUGAUUAAUUAAAAUUUUAUAUCACAAAAUCAUAUCUAUGAAAAUGAUAUGAUGGUAAAACAUAGGAAACUUCAUUGCAUUAUGAAGUACAAUUAGCACAAUAAUCUCUUAUUUACACUUACAAUACAAUCUUCAAAAGAAUAUAUUUAUCAUUCAUAAUAAAUUAAUAUUGUUAAAUAUUAAAUUGCCAGUCUGGAUAAUGUAUAUAAUUAUAUGACUUCAUAAUCAUAUACCAAAGAUUCAAGGAAAUGUUAGAUAUUAUAUGUAAAAUGUAGACAUAUAUUUAGACUAAGUAUAAUAUAAUAAAUGUGCGUGUGAUUUGUAAAAGAGUAAUAACGUACAGGAUGCCUUGAUUAUCUAAUUUUAGAAUAUCACUUCUCGAUUUGUAAAAUAUAAUUAUACAAGUAUAGUUAAUUAAAAACAA